AUCAUUCCAUCGCCAGCCUUGCCCUAACUACCUUACCUGCCAGCCUACCAUCUUACCCACCUGCCCACAGAGAUGCGCAGCGGUGUGUUCGUGGCCGUGCUGGUGCUGGUGGUCCUCGCUCCCCUCCUCACCCAGGGGCAGGAGCUUCAUAUCCCCGAACGUGAGGCAGUGGCCUCCCUAGCGGCACGCAUCCUGAAGGUGGUCCACGCCCCGCAGGACGCCGCCGAAGGUCUCCCUCACAAACGCAACUCUGAACUCAUCAACUCGCUGCUCGGCAUCUCUUCCCUCAUGAACGAGGCCGGCAGGCGGUGAUAGACGCAUACUUAGCUCCCUUCAAACAGACCUGUUCAUUCCACCAAGCCUCGCAUCACACAUUUAAUGAAUAAAGUUUAAAUACAGUUA